AUGCUCAGAAGAAGGAUAAGGCUACAGUGGCAUAAAUUGAGUAAUUCAAGUGAUGAGGAGCCUGAAAACAAUGCCUAUUCCUUCCCACAUGAUAACUCAACACUGCUCUCCAUUGACCCACAUCCCACAUCUGACUCCGAGUCAGAUGACAACGCUCCACUCGAAAUUGAGGAGGAAGACAACGUGCCACACUCCACCAGUUCUGACACCCUCCUUAAAUGGUUGCAGCUCUGCGACGACCUGCUACCGGUCAGCCAUUGCGUAGUUUCUGCAACAGCCACCAUCAACCCUCGUCCAGCCAUCCACGUCAGUGCACGUCCACACCGCCGAGUCCAGUACCACACAACCAAGAUUGGAAAGAAGCCUUCAAAACGGACUCAGCAGGAGAGAAAUAAGGAAGAAAGGGAACGUACCGAGAGAGAAGCCCGAGAGAACAAGGCGCUGGGCUUGCGGAACGGAAACCUUUUCCGCGCAUUCGGGAAAGCACAGGCACGAGUUGAUGCCAGAAGACGAGACUCAGAGAAGACCAUCAUUAUUGAUAAUUCAGACUCGGAUUUGAGCAGCAAUGGUGAUGUCGAGAUGGUAGAUGUCAAUGGAGACAACAUUGAGGAAGCCGCAGCUUGUGCGGAGACGACCGUGACGCCACCAGCUCCAGAAAUACCACCGUUGGGUCCAACUACCGCAAGAGCCUUUGGAGAUGACCCCGCUGCCGAAACCCUGCUCUCUGCACCCAAUAUCCCUCCACCUCCAACAAACAACCCACCUCCAAUAAGCGGCUUCACGCUGCUUAAUUGUGUUGACGCACGGCGGAUUCCUGCCCGUAUUCCAUCCAACAAAGCCGUCGAUGCUGGCAUCAAGAGUCUCCAUGACAAGCUGUGUCCACCUCAGAAGAACGGACAACGUCGCACUCGGGCCAAACUCGAUUUGGUGCUGCAGGCCCGCCUCGAGGCAAUGCUGCGGUUCUUGCGGCUCUAUCGCGUGGUCGGGUUCCGGGGCUGGACGAUCCAGUCAGAGGUCAUCGCGAUGGCAAGUGGGAAGAUGGGGAAGAAGACUUGGUUUGCACGCAAGCUGCGAGAAUGCCGAUUCAGCUCUUCGCUUCUCUCCGAUGAAGACGUGGCUGGCGCUAUCCAUCUCCACCUGCAAAGCCUUGGUAAAUGGGUGUCCGCCAAACAGAUCGCGCGUUAUGUACGCACGCCCGAGUUCCAAGCCCGUCUCCGCAUCAAACGCAAUAUCUCCGUCCGGACCACGCAGCGUUGGUUAAAGAAGAUGGGUUAUCAGUGGAAGAAAGAGCCGAAAGGGAUGUAUUCUGAUGGUCAUGAGUGGGCAGACGUGGUGGAUUAUCGCCAGAAUGUGUUCUUGCCUCAGUGGCAAUUCUACGAAGCCCGCUCGCAGCACUGGAAGGCUGACACAAUAUUCAAGGAAGCAGACGAGGACUAUGAAUCUAUCUUCUAUGCCAAUGACCGACGCACCACGCGUUGGGUCCACGAGUCGGAGACGGCAAAGAUCAAGGCAAAAGGAGAGGGAGUGAGCGACAUGAUCAGAGAUUUCGUGUCGCCUGAAUAUGGCUGGCUUCGAUCUAAGCAGCUCAACGCGCGAGGUGAACUUGAAGAUGCACGUGUCCUUCUGAAGCCCGGCAAGAAAUGCAAGGGCUAUCAGACCACGGAAACAAUCCUUGCCCAAGUCACCCGUGCAAUGGACAUCCUCGACCACGAUUAUACUGCGGAUCGCCACAUCUUUGCAUAUGACAAUGCAACCAUCCAUACCGCGCGUUGGCCGGAUGCUCUCAGCGCCGGACCAUCCGUGAACUUCAACAAAACAAAUGGUGUCUGUGUUCACAUGCGGGAUGCCACAUUCUGCAAUGGCACCCCACGGAAUCUCUAUCAGGCCGACGGCACCACAUUCAAAGGCCUUAAGGUUCUUAUCCGAGAACGACGUGCCAAGAGUCACAGUCUCCCUGACCCCAACUCCAUUAACCCCACAACAAAGAAGAAAUAUGUUGUAUAG